UUGAAUAAAACAACUGCUAAUCGUUGAAGUGGUUUGUUGGUUUGUCGAGCUCGACGAAUAGGAAAUAGGCCUAUAUUAUUUUUCGUAGAAAUUACAUUCUCUUCAUUGUUAUAGUCUUCUGUACAUUGUAAAGUGUAUCAGUGUAUAUCAUUUGCGAAUAGUGUUUGACUCUGAGGGGCAGAAUCUUAAUAUUGGUUUGGUCGUUAUUGGCCUGGACAGAGAAUUGUCUUAAAAAGGUUUAUGAUGGACGAUAUAAUUAGCCAUUCACGUAAGCCUGUUGUGUGUCGCUAUUUUGCCGCCUCUGGAACUUGUUUUUAUGGAAAUGAUUGUCAGUUUUUGCACAACUCAGUUUCUCGAUCAAGCGUUUCACCUACAUUUCCAUUGAAUUCAUUUUCAUCUCCAGUUCGCUCAGUCAGUUCCACUGCUUCAAAUUCGACAGAGUUUAGUUUGUCAGUUAUAGAGAGUAAUUGCUUACAUCAAUCAUUUGGGAAGAAUGUAAACACAAUUCCGUUGUCUAAUUCUGCAAUUUUAAUUAAAGAUGAAUAUGUGCAGAAAUCACAAGAGUUACCCAUAUCACCAGAUUUGCAAAUAGCUGGAGGUUCUAAUUCGUCCCUUUUUGAGGAAAAUGUUGGAGGUACCACUUAUUACUACACGCCAGAUGAAAAUGUGAAACCCACUGUAGAAGAACCAAUAAUUGGAAAACACAGUCAAAUUACUGAAAAAAUGUCUCACACUUCUCUUUUAAAUAGAAGAAUUCAAUCACCAAAUCAAUUGGUCUCAACAUCACAAAAUCAGAUGUACUCAGUUUAUAGUGGACCUUCCAGUUUUUUACAGAGCUGUAGUGGUCAGCAGAGAUCUUCUUUUUUUAUGAAUGAAGAUAUAAGAGCUGACUUACUUCAAAGAAAUUCAGUUGCAUUAUCUAUAUCAGACCCUGCUUUGUUUCCAGAUUUGCCAACGGAAGUUGAUCACUAUCAUGAGUUGGUCCCCCUUGAAACCCACACUUUGAAUCAUGCUGUCAAGUCUAACACUUAUGGCUUAAUUACAUCUACAUAUAAAGCAUCAAAUAGCAGAACCGGCAUGAGAUAUUGCUUGAAAAGGAUUCAUGGUUACAGAGUGACAAGUGCUAAAUGUAUGUCAAUGGUAGAGUUAUGGAGGAAAGUGCAGCAGUGUCAUUUAGUGACUUUGCGAGAAGCAUUCACUACCAAGGCCUUCGGUGACCAUUCUAUAGUUUUUGCAUAUGAUUAUUACCCUGGAGCUGAAACACUUAUGACUAAGUAUUUGGCUUCGACUGCUCCACACCUUGAUCCAUUCAGCAGUGACCCAUCUGCUCCGCGUCCAUAUACAAUGCAGAAAAACAGAAUGCUGCAGCAACAAGCUGGCAAAGGUGUGUUACCUGAAUCUUUACUUUGGAGUUACAUAAUCGAAUUGUGCUCGGCGUUGAGAUCAGUACAUUCUGCUGGUUUGGCUGUAAGAGCAUUAGAUCCAUCUAAAGUACUUAUAACUUCAAGAGGCCGUUUGCGUUUGUGCGGUGGUGGAAUUUUUGAUGUACUUACCUAUGACUCUAGUUCUUCCAACAUCACAGCUUUGCUUCCUCAUUAUCAGCAAGAAGACCUUUUGGCCUUGGGUAAACUUAUUCUUGCCCUGGCUUGUAAUUCGUUGUUGGCACUUCAAAGGGAUAAUGUCUCUACAUCUAUGGAUAUCAUCAAUAAAAAUUAUUCUUCAGAUCUGCGCAAUUUGGUGAUGUAUCUGCUCUCCACUACGCAAGGUUCAAGAUCGAAAAACAUACAGGAAGUGAUGCCAAUGAUUGGAGCAAGGUUUUUCAGCCAGUUAGAAGCCGCCACUCUGCAUGCCGACUAUCUAGAAGAUCAGCUAGCCAGAGAAUUGGAUAAUGGCCGGUUAUUUCGUUUGCUUGGAAAAUUGGGAACCGUUGUUGAUCGUCCAGAGUUAAAUUUGGAUUCGACAUGGUCAGAAACGGGAGACCGAUAUUUGCUUAAAUUAUUUCGCGACUACAUGUUACAUCCUUGUACGGAUGAUGGACGACCAUGGGUCGAUUUGGCCCACAUUGUCGCAUGUCUCAAUCGACUAGAUACUGCUUCUCAUGACAAAAUAUGCUUAACAUCUCGUGACCAACAGAAUGUUCUGGUUGUAAGUUACGCCGAAUUGCACCACUGCUUGGAGACUUCUUUUAAUGAACUGCAACAAGCAGCGUUAGCUCCGUCUUCCGCUCAUUUGCUACUGGGCAGUUCUUCCAAUAACGAGCAAUAAAUUCAUGCACUGGGCGUUUCCACGAAACUCGUGAAUAGCUUCAAAUGUCAGAGAAUUGUAGGGCCACUAUUUGGCUCAUUUUCCCAUAUAGGGAGUCGAAGAAUCAAGGCGAAUCUCAUGCUUUCUCUACGAUAUCUUAAUUUCAAUCUGGAAGUAUGUGAUUUGUCGUGAUAAUUAAAUUCGCGAUUGAACGCCUAGGAAAUGGCAUUUGUCUAUGCCACAAAACAUCUUGGAACAAAUAUUUUUGCAAUUAUCAGUUUGUGUAGCAUGAAUGAAUUUUCGUUCUAUUGUUACCGUAACUCUUGUCUAGUGUGUAUGCGAUGUUUGAUAAUAACAAUACAUUUGUUUCUUCAAA